AGUAACAUAACCUCAAUUUUGCAAAAGAAAAACAAAAGUUUUUAUUGAAAAAUAAUAUUCGUUUACUUUUUACAGAAUUGACAGAAUUAAUUAACUAAACUUAAAGGACAGUUCAUAAAAGGUGUUUUAUUAGAUAACAUCCUUUAUGUACUGUCUAAUUCAAAAGGAUUUAAUUAACAUUCCUUAAUUGAAUAUUAAGUAAACAAAGUGAUAAAGUGAAGGAAGGUGAUCAUUUAAUGACCUUUCACACCGACCUGAAUUACAAUUCAGAAGGUGUCUGGUGGAAGUUAAAUUAAUCAACAGGUAUACAUCUAAAGUGCAGAAAAAGAGUUUAUUUCCCCAAUUAACAAUGGCUCUGAAGGGUGUGAGAGUACUUGAAUUAGCUGGCCUAGCCCCGGCACCUUUCUGUGGCAUGAUCUUGUCGGACUUUGGAGCAACGGUGACAAGAAUAGAUAAGGCACCACAAAACUUCUUGGAUACACUGAAGGAUGGCAAAAGGAACAUUGCGAUAAAUCUAAAGCAUGAAGAAGGACGCAAUAUUGUGAGGAAACUCUGUAGAGUAUCUGAUGUCCUGAUUGAACCUUACAGACCGGGGAUAAUGGAGAAACUGGGACUUGGCCCGGAGAUACUGAUGAGUGAGAAUCCCAGAUUAAUCUAUGCUCGUCUCACGGGAUUCGGUCAGAAUGGGGCAUUGGCUCAACGUGCUGGUCAUGAUAUUAACUACUUAGCCAUCUCGGGUAUUCUCUCCUUUCUGGGGAGGAAACAUGAAAAACCCACACCUCCGGUUAAUUUGUUAGCUGAUUUUGCUGGUGGUGGUCUUCUGUGUGCUUUUGGGAUCCUCGCAGCACUCCUUGCGCGCCAGAAUACAGGACGUGGUCAAAUUGUUGACUCAUCAAUGGUCGAAGGAGCAGCCUACGUGUCCAGCUUCCUGACACGAUCGCAAAGUCUUCCAAUUUGGGGUAGAAAUCGCGGUGAGAAUACCCUCGACACGGGAUGCUUCUUCUACGAUACGUAUGAGACGAAAGAUAACAAAUUCAUGUCUGUCGGUUGCCUCGAGGAGCAAUUUUUCCAAACAAUGCUCAAAACUUUGGGCAUUGAGGGGCAACUCACACAGUUUGAUGACAAUGAGAAGGGCAGGAAGAUGCUUGAAGGUAUUUUCCGGACAAAAACUCAAAAAGAAUGGUCGGAUCUCUUUGAAUCCACCGACUCUUGCGUCUAUCCAGUUCUUCAUUGGACUGAUGCUCCACACCAUCUGCAUAAUAAGGAGAGAAAUGUCUUUUACAACAGCAACGCAAUGAUACCAAAUCCCGCGCCAAAACUCUCAGAAACUCCGGCAGUUUCUAGUGUGGCGAAAAAGGAAAAAGAUCAAUGGGAAAAUAUUCAGGAAAUUCUCUCGGAAAUUGAUUACAAUGCCGAAAAGAUUAAAGAACUUGUUAAGAAUGAUACAAUUUUAACUACAGGGAAAGGAAAAUUGUAGUUUUAGCUACAGGACAAUUCAAUGAAAAAUUUGUGAUGGGAUUUUUUUAUGUUUUAAAAAUAAGGUAAAUGGGAAUAAAAGACUUAAACUAAUUAAAUAAAACAAA